CGUGGAGUUGCCGUGAGUUUUUUUAACAAAACAACAGCAGAGAAAAACUCCAACAGAACCUUUCGGAGAUUUCGAUGGUCUAAUUCCAACUCCUCGAUCUAUCCGUGGUUCUCUUUGACCCAUCUUUCUCUCUCAGAACUUCUCUGUAAAUAAACCUCCACAGAAAACCCCACUUUUGAGAGAGAGAGAGAGAAAGAGUGUUGGGAAAGCAGAAAAAUUGGAGAGAGAAAGAUAUGUCGACCCUUUCGCAUUGCCGUUCAUAUUGUUCUUCUUCCAAUUAUGGGCAUCACCCAGUAGCCGUUUCUUCGAAUUCUCCGAAAAGAUUCGUACCCUGUAAAGUUUCGGUUCAAUCGAACCGGAAAUCAAAGUCCAACGUGGUCUGCAUGCAAGAUGGUGCAGUAUCCGCAACACUAGCCCCAAUUGAAGAUAAAAGUCCUCCGAAGAAAAUGAAAAAUGUAUUGUUAUCAGAAGAUGAGAAUAUGAAAAAAGGAUUGUUGUCAGUUACACCUUCUGAAGAAUAUGAAGAAGCUGCUGGUUUUGGUAUUAAUAAAGAUGACUCCACUGUCAGUAUUACUGUGGUUGGAGCCUCAGGGGACCUUGCGAAGAAGAAGAUAUUUCCUGCACUUUUUGCACUUUAUUAUGAGGGUUGCCUCCCUGAGCACUUCACCAUCUUUGGUUAUGCCCGGAGUAAGAUGACUGAUGCUGAGCUCAGAAACAUGGUUAGCAGGACCCUUACUUGCCGGAUUGAUCAGAGGGAGAACUGUGGUGAAAAGAUGGACCAAUUCCUUAAAAGAUGUUUCUACCAUUCUGGUCAAUACGAUUCUCAGGAUCAUUUUGCUGAGCUUGACAAGAAACUGAAGGAGCAUGAGGGUGGGAGGGUUUCUAAUCGCCUUUUUUAUUUAUCAAUCCCACCGAAUAUAUUUGUAGAUGCUGUAAAAUGCGCAAGCCUCUCUUCGUCAUCGACUAAUGGCUGGACGAGAGUCAUUGUAGAGAAGCCCUUUGGUCGUGAUUCUGAAUCCUCAGCUGCUUUGACAAAAUCCCUCAAGCAGUACUUAGGGGAGGAUCAAAUUUUCAGGAUAGAUCACUAUUUGGGGAAGGAGCUAGUGGAGAAUUUAUCAGUGCUUCGGUUUUCCAACCUCAUUUUUGAACCCUUAUGGAACAGACAGUAUAUUAGGAGUGUACAGUUGAUUUUUUCUGAAGAUUUUGGAACUGAAGGGCGAGGAGGAUAUUUUGACAAUUACGGGAUAAUAAGAGACAUAAUGCAAAAUCAUCUUCUUCAGAUAUUGGCUCUUUUUGCCAUGGAAACCCCUGUUAGUUUGGAUGCAGAAGACAUCAGAAAUGAAAAGGUUAAAGUUCUACGUUCAAUGAGACCAAUACAACUUGAAGAUGUGGUCAUAGGACAGUAUAAGAGCCACACAAGAGGAGGUGUAGUUUACCCUGGCUAUACUGAUGACAAGACCGUACCCCAAAACAGCCUCACUCCAACAUUUGCCGCAGCUGCCCUUUUUAUUGAUAAUGCAAGAUGGGACGGGGUGCCUUUUCUAAUGAAAGCUGGGAAGGCUUUACAUAACAAGAGAGCUGAGAUAAGAGUUCAGUUUAGGCAUGUGCCUGGUAAUUUGUAUAACCGGAGUUUUGGGACAGAUCUUGAUCAAGCAACAAAUGAGCUAGUUAUCCGUGUUCAACCAGAUGAAGCUAUCUACUUAAAGAUCAAUAAUAAGGUCCCUGGUUUGGGUAUGAGAUUGGACCGCAGUAAUCUCAAUCUUCUCUAUGCAGCAAGGUACUCAAAGGAGAUUCCGGAUGCAUAUGAGAGACUACUUCUUGAUGCUAUUGAAGGGGAGAGAAGACUGUUUAUUCGGAGUGAUGAGCUUGACGCUGCUUGGUUGCUCUUCACGCCGGUACUGAAAGAACUAGAAGAGAAGAAGAUUAUUCCAGAGUAUUAUCCUUACGGGAGUCGUGGUCCUGUCGGGGCUCACUAUCUUGCAGCCAGAUACAAAGUCCGAUGGGGCGAUCUUGGUUUAGAGCAAUAACUUCGAAAUGCUCCGGUUUAAUGGCCAUCAGAAUCCGUAAAGGAAAUCUGCAGUCUUCACGAUUUGUGAGUGCUGGUUCAUUCAUACAAUGUCCCGGGUAGUGUUUCUUUGUUAUGUCAGAUUUGUAGAAGAUAAUACUAGUUUGUCACUAGGAACUAGUAUUUUUGAUAUAUGAGUGGUCUCUCCCUAGUUUUUAGGAAAUUUUUUAUGGAAGACUAAACGCCCGCGAACCAGUUUGACUGCUUAUAAGAGGCUAAAAAGCCCGGCAAUCAGUCUAUUCAUAUUUAAGACAUUGAAAGAGAGUCAUUUUUCCA